UCCAGCUGCCCAGCUACCAGGUGUCCAUCCCCGAGAACGAGCCGGCCGGCACGGCGGUGAUCACGCUGCGCGCGCAGGACCCCGACGAGGGGGAAGCGGGCCGGCUGGCGUACUCCAUGGAAGCGCUCUUCGACGAGCGCUCCAACGACUACUUCUCCAUCGACCCCCAGACGGGCAGCGUGGUCACCGCCCGCAGCCUCGACAGGGAGACGAAGGACACCCACGUGCUGAAGGUGACCGCCUCCGACCACGGCUCCCCGCGCCGCCGCUCGGCCACCACCUACCUGACGGUGACGGUCAGCGACACCAACGACCACGAGCCGGUGUUCGAGCAGCCCGAGUACCGGGAGAGCAUCCGCGAGAACCUGGAGGUGGGCUACGAGGUGCUGACCAUCCGCGCCACUGAUGGCGACGCCCCGGCCAACGCCAACAUGCUUUACCGCCUGCUGGAGCCGGGCGCUGGCGACGGGGUCUUCGAGAUCGACCCACGGUCGGGGGUCGUGAGGACCCGCGCCCCGGUGGACCGCGAGGAGGUCUCCGAGUAUCACCUGGUGGUGGAAGCCAAUGAUCAGGGCAAGGAUCCUGGGCCACGCAGUGCCACGGCCAUGGUGCACAUCACCGUUGAGGACGAGAAUGACAACUACCCUCAGUUCAGUGAGAAGCGCUACCUGGUGCAGGUGCAGGAAGACGCCCCAGUGAACAGCCAGAUCCUGCAGGUGCAGGCCACAGAUCGGGACCGGGGCAGCAAUGCUCAGGUGCACUACAGCAUCGUGAGUGGCAACCUGAAAGGUCAGUUCUACAUCCACUCCUUCUCCGGUGCCAUUGAUCUGAUCAACCCUCUCGAUUAUGAGACUAUUCGGGAGUACACGCUGCGCAUCAAAGCCCAGGAUGGGGGCAGACCUCCCUUAAUCAACUCCAGCGGCAUGGUGUCGGUGCAGGUUGUGGACGUCAAUGACAAUGCCCCCAUCUUCGUCAGCACUCCCUUUCAGGCCACGGUGCUGGAGAACGUUCCUCUGGGCUACUCAGUGCUGCAUGUCCAGGCUGUGGAUGCUGACUCUGGGGAGAACGCACGCCUGGAAUACAAGCUUAUUGAGAUGGCACCACCGGCCGGCGUUGCCCCUGCAUUGGGGGACUCCGGGUUUCCCUUUCAAAUCAACAACAGCACAGGGUGGAUCACAGUGGCUGCAGAGUUGGACAGAGAAACUGUGGAGAACUAUCACUUCGGGGUGGAGGCCAGGGACCAUGGUGUGCCAGUGAUGACCUCCUCGGCCAGCGUGUCCAUCACUGUCUUGGACGUGAAUGACAACAACCCCACCUUCACAGAGAAGGUCUAUCACCUCCGGCUGAAUGAGGAUGCAGCAGUGGGCAGCAGUGUCCUCACCCUGACCGCUGUGGACAGGGACGUGAACAGUGUAGUGACCUACCAGAUCACCAGCGGCAACACCAGGAACCGCUUUGCCAUCACCAGCCAGAGCGGAGGGGGACUGAUCACACUGGCCUUGCCUCUGGAUUACAAGCAGGAGAGGCAGUACGUGCUCACUGUCACUGCCUCUGAUGGCACUCGCUUUGACACCGUCCAGGUCUUCAUCAACGUCACAGAUGCCAACACGCACCGCCCAGUCUUCCAGAGCUCCCAUUACACGGUGAGCGUCAGUGAGGACAAGCCCAUUGGCACCUCUAUUGUCACCAUCAGUGCCACCGAUGAAGACACAGGAGAGAAUGCUAGAAUCACUUACAUUUUGGAUGACAACAUCCCUCAGUUCCGCAUUGACCCUGAUACCGGCACCAUCACCACCCUGAUGGAGCUGGACUAUGAGGAUCAGGCGUCCUACACAUUGGCCAUCACAGCCCAUGACAAUGGCAUCCCACAGAAAUCAGACACCACCUACGUGGAGAUCCUCAUCCUGGAUGCCAAUGAUAAUGCGCCCCGCUUCCUCCGUGACCGCUACCAGGGAUCAGUUUUUGAGGACGUGCCGCUCUCCACCAGCGUCCUGCAGCUUUCUGCCACCGACCGCGACUCAGGCCUCAAUGGCCGCCUGCUCUAUACAUUCCAAGGUGGAGAUGAUGGAGAUGGAGACUUCUAUAUCGAGCCCACCUCCGGAGUGAUACGCACGCUGCGCAAGCUGGACCGUGAAAACGUGGCCGUCUACAGCCUGCGAGCCUUUGCAGUAGACAGGGGCAGCCCACCCCUGAAGGCCUCUGUGGACAUCCAGGUGACUGUGCUGGACAUCAACGACAAUCCCCCUGUCUUUGAGAAGGAUGAGUUUGACAUCUUCGUGGAGGAAAACAGCCCUGUGGGCUCCAUUGUGGCCCGAAUCAGUGCAGCUGACCCUGACGAAGGAACCAAUGCGCAGAUCAUGUACCAGAUAGUGGAGGGCAACAUCCCUGAGGUCUUCCAACUGGAUUUGUUGAAUGGGGACCUCACUGCCCUGAUGGACCUGGAUUACGAGAGCCGCACGGAGUAUGUGAUUGUGGUGCAGGCCACCUCGGCCCCACUGGUGAGCCGGGCUACUGUGCACAUCCGCCUGUUGGAUCAGAACGACAACCCACCUGUCCUACAGGACUUCCAGAUCCUCUUCAACAACUAUGUAACCAACAAAUCCAACAGCUUCCCCUCCGGUGUGAUUGGCAAGAUCCCUGCUCAUGACCCUGAUGUGUCAGACAGCCUGGCCUAUACCUUUGUGCAAGGCAAUGAGUUAAACUUGCUCCUCUUGGACUCUGCCACUGGGGAACUCAAGCUCAGCCGAGACCUGGACAACAACCGGCCCUUGGAAGCCCUCAUGAAAGUGUCGGUCUCAGACGGCGUCCACAGCGUUACGGCUGUUUGCACCCUGCGCGUCACCAUCAUCACAGACGACAUGCUCACCAACAGCAUCACGGUGCGGCUGGAGAACAUGUCCCAGGAGAGGUUCCUUUCUCCUCUUCUCUCCCUGUUUGUCGAGGGGGUGGCAACAGUGCUCUCCACCACCAAGGACGGCAUCUUCGUUUUCAACAUCCAAAAUGACACAGAUGUCAGCUCCAAUAUCCUGAACGUGACGUUCUCAGCUCUGCUCCCCGGUGGCAUUCGCAACAAGUUCUUCCCCUCUGAGGACCUGCAGGAGCAGAUCUACCUCAAUAGGACGCUGCUGACCAUGAUCUCCACGCAGAGGGUGCUGCCUUUCGAUGACAACAUCUGCUUGCGCGAGCCCUGUGAGAACUACAUGAAGUGUGUCUCCGUCCUCAAGUUUGACAGCUCGGCCCCAUUCAUCAGCUCCAACACUGUCCUGUUCCGCCCCAUCCACCCCAUCAAUGGCCUGCGGUGCCGCUGCCCACCUGGCUUCACCGGCGAUUACUGCGAGACCGAGAUCGACCUGUGCUACUCCAACCCAUGCGGCAGCAAUGGGCUGUGCCGCAGCCGAGAAGGGGGCUACACUUGCGAGUGCUACGAGGACUACACUGGAGAGUACUGCGAGGUGAACGCCCGCUCCGGCCGCUGUGCCCCAGGCGUGUGUAAGAAUGGAGGGACCUGCGUCAAUCUGCUGAUUGGGGGAUUCAAGUGCGAGUGCCCACCAGGAGAAUAUGAGCGGCCCUACUGUGAGAUGACCACCAGGAGCUUCCCCCCACAGUCCUUCAUCACCUUCAAGGGGCUGCGGCAGCGCUUCCACUUCACCGUCUCCCUCAUGUUCGCAACCAGGGAGAGGAACGCUCUCCUCCUCUACAAUGGGCGGUUCAACGAGAAGCACGACUUCAUUGCCUUGGAGAUCAUUGAGGAGCAGAUCCAGCUCACGUUCUCUGCAGGGGAGACGACCACAACGGUGGCACCAUUCAUUCCUGGCGGGGUCAGUGAUGGGCAAUGGCAUUCGGUCCAGGUGCAGUACUACAAUAAGCCCAACAUUGGGCGAUUAGGAAUUCCCCAUGGGCCUUCGGGGGAGAAGGUGGCAGUGGUGACCGUGGAUGACUGUGACACAGCAGUGGCCGUACGCUUCGGAAGCCUCAUUGGAAACUACACCUGUGCUGCCCAGGGGACUCAGACUGGCUCAAAGAAAUCGUUGGACCUGACUGGCCCUCUGCUGCUCGGCGGCGUCCCAAACUUGCCAGAAGAUUUCCCAGUGCACAACAGGCAGUUUGUCGGCUGCAUGAGGAACCUCUCCAUUGACAGCAAGCCAAUUGACAUGGCUAGUUUCAUUGCCAAUAAUGGCACGCUGCCAGGCUGUGCAGCACAGAGGAACUAUUGCGAAGCCAACUGGUGCCAGAACGGAGGCACAUGUGUCAACAAGUGGAGCACCUACAUCUGUGAGUGCCCCGUGCAGUAUGGAGGGAAGAACUGCGAGCAAGUAAUGCCUUCUCCUCAGCGUUUCAGUGGUGAGAGCAUUAUCAUUUGGAGUGAACUUGAUAUUACCAUCUCUGUGCCAUGGUACAUUGGGCUGAUGUUCAGAACACGGAAAGUCAAUGGCAUGCUGAUGCAGGCAAAUGCAGGAACUGCAUCCAAGAUCAACAUUCAGAUACUGAACAACUACGUGCAGUUUGAAGUAUACAGUGGCAUGACCCAGGUUGCCAGUUUGAAGAUGACCCAAACACGAGUCAGUGAUGGGGAAUGGCAUCAUUUAUUGAUAGAGCUAAAGAGUGCUAAAGAUGGGAAAGACAUCAAGUACCUAGCUGUCAUGUCCUUGGACUAUGGGAUGUACCAGAGCACUGUGCAGAUUGGAAAUCAACUACCUGGACUGAAAAUGAAAAGCAUCAUUGUGGGAGGUGUCUCUGGAGACCAAGUCUCUGUUCAGCAGGGAUUUUAUGGCUGUAUGCAGGGAGUAAGAAUGGGAGAGACAUCUACAAAUGUAGCUACAUUGAACAUGAAACAGGCUAUCAAGAUCAAUGUGAAGGAGGGUUGUGAAGUGGAUAACCCCUGUGACUCCAACCCAUGUCCUCAGCACAGCUACUGCAGCGAUGACUGGGACAGCUACUCCUGUGUGUGCGACCCAGGGUACUUUGGAAGAGACUGUGUUGAUGUAUGUAACCUGAACCCGUGUGAGCAUGUCUCCACCUGCGUGCAUAAACCUAGCUCAUCCCAUGGAUACACCUGUGAAUGUGGACAGAGCUACUAUGGGCAGUACUGUGAGAGCAAGAUUGACUUGCCUUGUCCCAGAGGUUGGUGGGGAAAUCCCAUCUGUGGUCCUUGUAAUUGUGAGACUAGCAAAGGGUUUGAUCCAGACUGCAAUAAGACCAAUGGGGAAUGUCACUGUAAGGCCAAUUACUACCGGCCACAGAGCAGUGACACCUGCUACCCCUGUGACUGCUUCCCCUCCGGCUCCCACACGCGCUCCUGUGACAUGGAGACAGGACAGUGUCCCUGCAAGCCUGGUGUCAUCGGGCGGCAGUGCAACCGCUGCGACAACCCCUUCGCUGAGGUCACUGCCCGGGGCUGCGAAGUAAUUUAUAACGGAUGUCCCAAAGCUUUCGAGGCUGGCAUUUGGUGGCCGCAGACCAAGUUUGGCCAGCCAGCUGCUGUGCCGUGUCCAAAGGGAUCUGUGGGAAAUGCAGUUCGCCACUGUAACAUUGAGAAGGGCUGGCUGCCUCCCGAGCUUUUCAACUGUACCACCAACACUUUUGUGGAUCUAAAAGUCAUGAAUGAGAAGUUACACCGCAAUGAGACCAUACUGGAUGGAGACAAAACCAUACAGAUUGUGAGAGUGCUACAAAAUGCCACCAAAUACACACACAGCUUGUAUGGCAAUGAUGUGAGGACAGCUUACCAGAUGAUGAUCCGGGUCCUACAAUACGAAAGCCAGCAGCAAGGGUUUGACCUGGCAGCAACUAGGGACGUGGAGUUCAACGAGAAUAUUAUCAAAGUGGGUAGUGCUCUGUUGGAUCCCAACAACAAGGAGCAGUGGGAACAAAUUCAGCGAACGGAGGGUGGCACAGCUCAUCUUCUAAGGCACUAUGAGGAUUAUUUCAACAACGUGGCCCAGAACAUGAAGAAAACCUACAUGAGACCUUUUGUCAUCGUUGCUGCUAACAUGAUUAUUGCAGUUGACAUCUUUGACAAGUCUAAUUUUACGGGAGCUAGAAUACCACGAUUUCAUGAGAUUAAGGAGGAUUAUCCAAAAGAUCUGGAAUCAUCUGUUACCUUCCCAGAUACUCUGUUCAGACCUUCGGACAGGAAAGUACCUACAAUGAGGCCUUCAAAUCAAAAAUUAUCCUCUAAGGUGAACAGUGAUGCACGAAGCCCUGAGAGUAUGUUCACAAAGAGAAGGAAGCGGCAUCCUGAUGACUCUACCCAUCAUACUGUUGCCAUGGUCAUUAUAUACCGGUCCCUAGGACAUCUCCUGCCCGAAAACUAUGAUCCUGACCGAAGGAGCCUGAGGUUACCAAAUCGCCCAAUUAUUAAUACACCUGUGGUGAGCACAGCCAUUCACAGUGACGGGGAGCUUCCUCCCAACCUGGUGGAAAAGCCCAUCAUAGUGGAGUAUGCCAUGCUGGAAACAGAAGAGAGAACAAAGCCUGUCUGUGUCUUUUGGAAUCACUCCAUCAUGAUUGGAGGAACAGGUGCCUGGUCUUCCAGAGGAUGUGAGCUGUUUUCCAGAAACCAGAGCCAUAUUGCCUGCCAGUGCAACCAUUUGACCAGCUUUGCUGUCCUGAUGGACAUUUCAAAACGGGAGAAUGGGGAUGUUCUUCCUCUGAAGAUUGUCACUUACACAACUGUUUCCAUCUCAUUGGUGGCUUUGCUGAUUACCUUCAUCCUGCUGGUUCUGAUCCGCACGCUGCGGUCCAACUUGCACAGCAUCCACAAGAACCUGGUGGCUGCCCUUUUCUUCUCCGAGCUUGUCUUCCUCAUUGGGAUCAACCAAACCGAAAACCCGUUUGUUUGUACGGUGAUUGCCAUCCUCCUGCACUACUUCUACAUGAGUACCUUUGCGUGGAUGUUCGUGGAGCAGCUCCACAUCUACCGGAUGCUGACUGAAGUGAGGAACAUCAACUUUGGGCACAUGAGGUUCUACUACGUCGUUGGCUGGGGCAUUCCUGCCAUUAUCACAGGGCUUGCUGUUGGGCUGGAUCCACAAGGCUAUGGGAACCCUGAUUUCUGCUGGUUGUCUGUUCACGACACCCUUAUCUGGAGUUUUGCUGGGCCCAUUGUAAUUGUUGUAGUGAUAAACACUGUCAUCUUUAUACUAGCAAUGAAAGCAUCAUGCAGACGAAGACAACGUUCAUUUGAAAAAACUGGAGUCAUCUCGGUGCUGCGGACGGCGUUCCUGCUCCUCCUGCUCAUCAGUGCCACGUGGCUCCUGGGGCUGAUGGCAGUGAACAGCGACGUCAUGACUUUUCACUAUCUCUUUGCCAUUUUUAGCUGCUUGCAGGGGCUGUUCAUUUUCUUCUUCCACUGCGUAUUUAACAAAGAAGUCAGGAAGCACUUGAAGAAUACUUUAACUGGAAAGAAACCUCUUCCAGAUGAUUCCACUGCAACAAGAGCUACUUUAUUAACUCGAUCUCUGAACUGUAACAACACGUACAUAGAAGAGCCAAAUAUGUACCGCACAACCAUUGGGGAAUCCACUGUCUCCCUAGAGAGCACCGUCAGGUCAGCCAAGAGCCACAAUAGCUACCUUGCUUAUAUCCUCAGGGAUGAUGCUGCUCAUAAGCUCAGUGGAUCCUCAAGUCAAGCAAGGGCUGGUCAGACUGAAGCAGAUUCCUCCAUUUUUCACAGGAAUCCAUCUAAAUCUAAUGAGCAUGACUCAGACUCUGACAGUGAACUGUCCCUUGAUGAGCACAGCAGCUCUUAUGCCUCCUCCCAUUCAUCAGACAGUGAAGAAGACGGACUUGAGCCAGAGAAAAAGUGGAACACAUCCACUGCCAAAAACAAUGAGCGUGGCCCUCUCCACAGCACACCUAAAGUUGAUACCCUUCCCAAUCAUGUGAAACCCUAUUGGCCCACAGAAUGCAUAACGGCCAGCGACAGCGAGGACCCCAGCGGGAAACAGAAACUCAAAGUUGAGACCAAGGUCAACGUUGAGCUUCACAGGGAAAAUCAGGUGAACCACAGCAAUGAAGCACCACAGGACAAAGAGAAUGAUGGGCAGCAGAAGGAGAACAGACCGCUGUCCCACCAGAACAACCAGCAGCCAGAGCAGAGGAAAGGCAUCUUAAAAAAUAAAGUCACCUACCCUCCCCCACUGAUUGACAAGAAUAUGAAGAAUCGGCUGCGAGAAAAGCUGUCAGAUUACAAUCAGACCACGAUCUCAUCCAGGACUACUUCCCUUGGGACUAACGAUGGGGUCCGCUCUCCUUCAGACUCGGGGGUGACAGUCAAAAAUGCUCGGAGGGAGCAGUCUCGAGACCAGCUCAAUGGCAUGGCCAUGAACGUCCAUGUGGGAACAGGACAUGCUGAGACAUCAGACUCAGAAGGCAGUAAUGAAACUUCAAUUUGAACCACCAGGGAGCUGUGAUCGUGGCUCUGGACUCCUCACCGUGGGGCUGAGCCUCUGACUUCGCCGGGAUCACUGCGUAGCCCGAGGACGAGGGUGGUGGUGCCCUGGCAGAGCACCGGUGCUCGCAUUGGGAACACGGUGCCGGCUGCAUCCGCCGUGGGGCUGCUGUGGGGUAAUAACAACAACACCAACCCGUGCCAAAACGCACGGAACGGCCGCGGGGCUGCCCGGAACGGCUGGGUACCUCCUCACAGUGCGGACAGUGCCGCAGGGGCUGCACAUCUGUUGGGGAGAAGCAAGGGAAAACAAGCUACCGCCGCAGUCCUACAGCGAGUCAGCCCGCCGGGCUCCAGGCAGGCACCCCAGGUGGCUCUCAUCAACUUUUCUCCGGCCACAGUGUGACCCAUCGGCCCGCUGCACUCUGCGGAGGAAUGUCCCAACAAGUGUCCUUUAGUUUCUAUGCCAGCAUCUCUGUCCACCCCCCGAUGGACGUGUCGUCUCCAGAGAAAAAACAACACACCCUUUAUAUAUAUAUUUAUAUAUAUAUAUAAAGUGUAGAUACUUUUAUAUAUUUUGUAUGGUGAUGCGAAAGAAAAAGCUCUUUUGUAUAUUUUACAUUUAUACUGAUCUUCUUAAUUUGAUAACAGGAAAUCAGUUAAAAGAGUUUUGAUAUUUUUUAUAUAAAUGUUGCACAGUUUUACUUGAAUUUGGCGUUCAAUAAAGUAACAGAGGUUUGCAUGGAAACCAGCCUGCCAUGCAAUGCAGAGAAACACAGUACAGAUAACUCCUAAAUCCAUGCAUACAGUAAGUUUUGUUGACAGGUUUUGGACCACUGUAAGGACACAGCAUCUUUCUUUGUAACCUCUUCUACAAGUGACAAAAUAUGCUUUGUGUUUUUUCCACUGUUUGGUGUUUUGGCCUCUUCUCUCAGUGCACUGAAAUGUUUGGAAACUGCACUUCAGGACUAAAAACAAGUUGUAUCUUAGUCUUAAGGUUUCAACGCCAUCUUUGUAUGGCAGAACUCAGAUCAGCAUUGCCAUUAGCAAGAAUAAAAAAGCAAGUGGUGUAAGUGAGAGGGGUUGCUCUGAAUCUGCUGGUGUGGCUCAGGGACCUCGGGGAGAGGGUUCCCCUCCCAGGUUGUACACAGUGGCAUUCUGCAUUGCAGCCAUGGCGCUGCUGAUUCCUGUCCCCCUGCAGUCAGCACGCUGCUGAUCGGAGCAGAAACACAGGGCUGGAAGGAUGGCCAGGCCUCACUUCCCAGCUGCUGGGCACAUCCCUGCCCUUCCCAGUGUGUCCAAAGGCGCAUGGAAGGAUUAAAGUUCUGUGGGCAAUGGUACAGCCGUGAGCUACUGCCUGCCACCAGGGCUCCUGGGGCUCCUCACAUCCCAUGCAGCCCUGUGGGAACGCAUCAGCUUUCUUUUGCACCGUGGUAAAGGGGAGAUGCAGAAAUGUGGGAAUGCAGGGGGGGAAGAAAAGAGAAAUAAAGUAUGUGUCAGUCUCAGUUUUGGUAUAUUCCUGUGCAUUUUUGAAUGCAUUUUGGAGGCAGUUGGAAGGGGAGGAAGGGUAUUCUUCCUCUACAAGUGAUGCAAUGUGCUGUGUGAAAUUCUCUGGCUGAGGGAAAACCAUUUUGAAUGUUUCGGGUGUCUGACACUUGGCCAUGUGCUCAGGCACUGUGCGGAGCCUGUGGGAGUCGUUUCCUAUCUGUGUAUGUAUAUUUUGUCCCAGUGAGAUGUAGGUAGUCUUAUUUUGAUCAGAACUGUUGCAGUAAAGGAGGGUCAGUUGUAUUAAUGACAAAAAAAAAAAAAAAAUUAAAACCUAUUUUUAUGACUUUUUAAAAGCUUUAUGGCAGAUUAGACACUGGAGGUUGUUUGUUGUUUUUUUUAACAAAUGUAUAUUUAUUAAUGUGCAGAACACUGGAAUUGCAGCAGAGACGAAAGGAGAAUUUACAAUAAAUUAAGAUUUUUUUUGGA